UACCUCCGCUGGCCCGUUGUUGCCCGAGGGCUGCCAGCGGGCACAGACAGGUGCUGCCCACCGGCGGGGCUGCGGGACAGCAGAGGGGCGGCAGCAUCGCCAGCGUUCCCUGGGGGGUGGUCAGCAGCUCCUGGCCUCCCGGGUCCCAUGGGGGGGAGGGGGGCGUGCAAAUCUGGCAAGCAGCCCAAGUGGCCCGCAGGCUACUGCCGACCAGCCUCCAGCUCUUCUCCGUGGGGUUUCCUGCUGCUGUUGUGGAAGGGGGUGGGGGUCGGCUGCAGUCAGAAAAGCGGCAGUCGAGGCGGCCCCCUCCCGGCCCCCCUAGUACGUGGAGACGUUCCUAACUCGGGGCCGCAGUAGGUGAAGCAGCUUCUGCCCCCAUCAGUCGACUCCCCCUCGAGACCCGCCCCCGCCCGAUGCUCGGUUGUCUGUCUCCGCUGCCGGGGGCUAGCAGGGACACCCCCACCGGCGAUCAGGAGACGGAACUGGGUCCGCUUCAGCCCGUCCGUGGCCGGGCUCGGGGGGUUCAGCCAGCCUUGGAGGGGCGCCCCGAAACGAGAAAAGGCCCCCUCUUCCACGCCGCACCACCACGCAGGAUCCCCGUGGGGAAGAGAGGCAGGCAGGCAGGCAAGCCCGACGGUGGGCCCCCGGGUGCGGAGGGCGGCUGGGCCCCUGGGAGGCCGACCCAGCAGGGCCGCUCGCAUGUGCGGGGGGCGCCCUUCGGCUCUUGCAGAUGACGGGCGGACUUCGACCCGCUGCUCGGGAGCCUCCUCCGCUUUCGCUCAGCCGGCGGCCCAGUGGGCGAAGCUGCUCCCCGGACGACGGAGCCUGCCUGCCUGCCUGCCUGCCUGCCUGCCUGCCGCCGAAGCGCCGCUGGCCCCCCGCGGAACUCUCGGCCACGGGAAAGGGGCGGCGGGGCCUGGCCUGCCGUGCAGGGCGCGGGCGGCGCGGUGGGGUUGCUGGGCGCCGGUUGCCGGGCUCCUCCGUCCGCCAGGGGCGCUGCGUGGCUGGGCCGGGCCGGGCCGAGGCGAGGCGGGCGGGCGAGGGAGGGAGGGAGGGAGGCGCGCGGGGCCGGUGCGGGCGCGGGGCGGCGAUGAAGCGGGAUCGGCGCGGCCGGUUCCUGCCCAGCGCCGUGGCCGGCACAGCGGCUCCCGACCCGCCGCCGACGCAAACCGAGGCCGCCUCCCGGGCCCGCCGCGGACGCCCCGCCGCCCGACAGCCCGACAGGAGCGCGCCCCCCGAGGAGGAGGAGCCGCCGCCGCCGGGCCAGGAGGUGGGAGCCACACACGCAGGCAUCGGACGGGCCCUGAGCACAGGCUUCUGCCGCCUCUGCCAUGGGAAGUUCUCCUCGCGGAGCCUGCGGAACGCUUUCGAGAAGGUGCCGGUGACAGGGGAGAGCUCUGAGAAGCAGCGGCCCCUGGACCAAGUCUUCUUCACCGAUUUCCAGCGCCUGGUGGGGGUGGCCGUCUGGCAAGAUCCGGGCUUGCCCCAGUUUGUCUGCAAGAAGUGCCACGCCCAGUUCUACAAGUGUCGCAGCGUCCUCAGAGAGUUCAUGCACAGGGUGAACGUCUCCCCCGCUGGCCACAUCGAGACCCGAGGAAAAAACAGCAUCCACCCGUCUCCGCUCGCUGCUGAAGGAACUCCCUCCAUGGACCUGAUCACCUCCACCCCGCAGUGCCUCCUCAGCUUGGUGACGUGGACUCACAAUCAUGCCGAGAGCUGCCAGACGGCGCCCUGCCUGCAGAGCGUGCUCUCCUCCGAGUACUGUGGGAUCAUCCGAGCCGUGUGGGGCUGCGGGGAAGGCCACGAUUACGUCAUGAGCACUGACUCAGACUGCAGCAGCCUACUGGUGGAUAACGCCUUGUCUGUGAAGCGGGACCUGCCCAAGAGUGCAUCUGGACCACUUGCGACUGGCAAUGGGGUGGCCCCAGAUGGAGGGGCAGCCACCGCUGCUACACCGGAACGGCAGCAGAGCCCAACCCGGACAGGAACCAGCCAUCAGCCUGCAAACAGAGGGACUGCUUUGCUGUUAUUAAGCACCGAGAAACAGUCGCAUGAAUGCCAGGAUUUGCCUUUCUUGCACGCUGACCCGGGAGCUGCAUUGCAGGAGAAGAGUCUGCCUCAGCCAGUUUGCCCCCUCAACGGUAGUCCUGGACAGCUGAGCGAGAAGCCGGUCCUGCCUGCAGCGUCAGAUGAGCGGGUAAAAGACGAGUUCAGUGACCUUUCUGAGGGAGACUCCUCAAGUGACGACGAGGACAAGCGGACCCGAUCUUCAGAUGAUUCUUUUGAGCCUUACCCAGAAAAGAAGAUAUCCAACAACCGAAGGGCAGAGAGUAAAGAAGCGAAGGCAGAGGAAGAGCCAAAAAUAAGGAAGAAGCCGGGGCCCAAACCGGGCUGGAAGAAGAAGAUCAAAUGCGAAAGGGAGGAGCUGCCAACUAUUUACAAGUGUCCUUAUCAGGGCUGCACAGCUGUGUAUCGAGGAGCAGAUGGCAUGAAGAAGCACAUCAAGGAACAUCACGAAGAAGUGCGAGAGAGGCCCUGCCCUCACCCGGGUUGCAACAAGGUGUUCAUGAUUGACAGAUACCUCCAACGUCACGUGAAGCUCAUCCACACGGAAGUCCGGAAUUAUAUCUGUGAUGAAUGUGGCCAGACAUUCAAGCAGCGCAAGCACCUUUCAGUCCAUCAGAUGCGCCACUCUGGUGCAAAACCUCUCCAGUGUGAAAUCUGUGGCUUCCAGUGCCGACAGCGCGCGUCUCUCAAGUACCACAUGACCAAACACAAAGCGGAGACGGAGCUGGAGUUUGCGUGUGAUCAGUGCGGGAAGCGUUUUGAAAAGGCCCACAACCUUAAUGUCCACAUGUCCAUGGUGCAUCCUCUGAUCCAGACUCAGGACAAACCCAAGGCGGCAGAGGCCGAGCCGGAGGAGCUGCCCGAUGCCUUGGAGGCGGCCGUCAGCCAGCCAGUAAAACUAGAGCUCCAUGCGCAGCAGGAGCCCACCUGAAAACCAGGGGGAGAGCAGGGGGGAGCGGACCCAGCUGGCAGGGCAGAUUUAGGUGUACAUUUUAAUGGGUUUUUUACAGAGAACUUGGAACUCACUUCCACUUGAUCAUGAUGAGCUUUCCAUUGCCGUGAUUCUCUCUGUGUGCUUGUGUCUGAUGCCACAGAAGUAUUGUUUUGGGGCAGGCAGUGUUGGUUUCUCCUGACAUCAUCAGAGGUAUCCCACACCUGGUGCAAAGGUAUGCAUCCGUGGACACAAACAGAUUAAUUUCUGACGGCUCUAGUAACGGUAAAAGCAGUUGAGACCCAGGCCAUUUGUUUUAAAUUAAGUUCCAAAGGCAAUUUAGAAAAACAGAACAUUUGUAACCUAAUUUUUAUUGUAACAAAGUCAUGGUUAUGCUUGUAAUAAAUUAUUUACAUGGUA